CUCAUUUGUGUGUGAACUUAAAAAUGAUGAUACGUCACACGUUUAUUUUCAAGCGCGUGUCAUCAAAUUCAUAUUAGGCACGAGUUUCCUUUGAUACGUCAUCAAAUUCAAUGACACGAAUGUCCUUUGAUACGUCAUCAAAUUCAUAACAGGCACGAGUAUCCUUUGAUACGUCAUCAAAUUAGUGUCCUUUGAUACAUCAUCAUUUAUAUUCUAAGUGCUAGUCUAUCUGCCAGCUGCCUACUGCUACAGGUAACUUCCACGAGAAGCACAACUCAGCACGAAUUGAGAAGAGAGAGAGGCUAGUUUUAUUGCUCCUACUGUAUUUUAUUUGUAUAUUUUAUUUUCAUGCCAAGUGUGUUUUAGUUUUUUUCUCUGCACUUGAUUGACUCACCUGCAAAGAUGCUGUGUGUUCAUUACAAGUUUUUUUCCAAACUGAGCUACGACACAGUCAAGUUCGAGGGGCUGCACAUCACCCUCAACCAGCUCAAAAGGCAGAUUAUGGUGCAGGAGCGGCUCAGCCCAACACACUGUGACCUGCAGAUCACAGAUGCACAGUCUCGAGAGGAAUAUACAGAUGGUGACGCUCACAUCCCGAUAUACUCGUCUGUGAUAGUACGACGCGUUCCAGUUGUUGGCGGGAAAUCAGCUGGCAGGGUGCCUAAGAUUGUUGUUUCACGCAGAGAGCGUUGUUACACACCGUCUUCUACACCUGCUGUAUCUUCUCGUGCGUUGCCACUCGCUAAACUUCUCAAGACUGCCGACAUUUGUGAUACAAAUGCAUCAGAGGAAGACAAGAUUACAGCCAUGAUGCAUCAGUCCAGCUCACUAUAUGGCUCUAUGUAUUACUCCAAGGGGACAGUUCGACCUCCACCUGCCAACUACACCUGCUUUCGCUGUCUAAAGCCGGGUCACUACAUUAAGCAUUGCCCCAUGCUGAUGGUCCAGGUUCAGAAUGGAGAGGUUCCUAAGCCUGUGAAGACCAGUAAGGGUAUUCCUCGCAGCUUCAUGGUGAAAGUGGAAUCAGGAACCAAAGGGGCCAUGUUAACCAGCACUGGAGAAUAUAUGAUACCUGCCAUACAUGCAGAAGUGUACGCACGAGAGAAGAAGACGCAUACUCCCUGUGCUCCACCCAGUGCUCCACCCAGUGCUCCACCCAAACCGCCAUCACUGAAGGUCAGUUCACAUCCAGCUCCUGAAGAACUUCUCUGUCCAAUCUGCAACGAUUUAAUAAGAGACGCCGUCACCACGCCCUGCUGCGGAUACAGUUACUGCGAUGAAUGUAUCCGAAGUGCACUGUUAGACUCACAGAAGCGCUCCUGCUUCACCUGCACAAAGUCACAUGUCUCCCCCGAUCACCUCAUCCCCAACAGGUUUCUUCGACUGGCUGUGAAUGACUUCAAGAGCAUCGUGGGGUAUAACACCACCACGACACUCGCACACAAGCAGGUGCAACAUGCACGUCCGGCGCCUCAGAGCUCUCAGUCCAUCAGUCGACCAGACAACGUCAACAUGCUGAGCCAUCGGCAUGGAAGUCGCUCCUCUGUGGACAGUAGGAAGAGGAGGAGAGAGGAGGACCGCUCUGUACCACAAGCUCCUUCUGGAAAGCUGAGGAGAAUUCCUGUGCUUGGUGGUGAUGUCCGCCCACAUCCACACCUUUCGGACCGGCAUCCGUGCUACAGACUCCUACUCACAAGAAUGAUAUAACUCUCCACCCCUUGUCCUUCCCUUACACCUUUUCUCCCCAUCCUUGCAUGAA